AAAAGUUUUUCGUCUAAUGUUUUAACCCUUUAUUGCCCACCAUAGAAUAACAGUACAACCAGCUCUGGUUCCGCUAGUCACCGCCACCUUCGGAAUCGGCGCUAAUCCGUCUACCUGUCCGCUCUCAACGCGCUGGCCAUUUCGGAUGGUUCCCAUCAGCCUACCAUCCAAUAUAUCUGACAGUUGCAUACCAGAAGAAGAAAGAAAAACUUGUUAUGCAGUCGCGGUGCAUAAGUUUGGAAUGUCAACAUAAUGGUGUUGUAGGCUGGUUGCAUUAGCGUUUUCGUGUGAUUUUGUAACAAUCUGCUACGUGUGCCGUAAUAGGCAUCAGGGUUCUGUGAGUGCGUAGCGCGUUCGCGAAAAAAUCGAGUUACAAUCGCGAGAGGUUGCGAAAAGGUUCGAGUGUGGUAUUCUAGAGUGGUUUGGUGGAGUAAAUGUGGUACAACGAUGCCGGGAGGAAUCGAAAUCCUGCCAAGUGCCUCGCAGAAUGUUCCUUUGAAUCUGAACGCUCAUCGCCAUCAGCAGCAACAACAGCAGCAGCAGCAACACCACUAUCGAGGAGUGAAUGGCGUUGGCAAUGAUGCUGCUACUUGUGAUGAUGACGAUGAAGUGGGUGGUAUUGGAUCGAUCAUUCCCGAUCGGACGGGGAAGCACAGCUUCUGUCGACUGUGUCUGACCCAUGCGGACGCGCUAAACCCGUUGUUCCCUCCGGAUGCUGCCCCGGACAGGGCUUUGCUGGCGCAGAUAUUGGACUGUGUUGAGGUGCAGAUAACCCUUCCGGAUGACAUCAAAGCGCUGAUUUGCAACGAUUGCGUCCACCAGAUCUAUGCCUUCGCCAACUUCAAGGAGCUUUGCAAGAGCAACGACCAGCUGCUCAAGAGCCAAACAUUCACCCGGGAGGAUUCGGAUGACAAUGAAGGCAGUGCCAGCGUUAGCCGCUCGGGAGUGACCUCCCCGAUGGGAACCACCGUCAAUUCGGAAGAUGCUUCCUCUACUCCGGAUGCCAGCUUGUUCGAGAAAUUGUACGAACAGGGAGUGGAAGUGGAAGCCAUUGGGCAGCCGGGUGGAAUGCUACGGUGCCAGGACUUUGCUUCGCUGAAUCCGGAAGAUCGGGAAGCCGAACGGAAAGCCAAGAAUGCUGCCCGAAUGCGCCGUUGGAGAAUGCGUCAGCGGGAAAAGCAGGAAAAGCAGUUGGUUCCGGAGCCGGAACCGGAACCAGAGCAACCCGAACCAAUCGUUAAGGAUGAACAGAAGGAGUUCCUCGAGCUGAAACAACAGGAGGAAGCCCUCCGGAUGCAGCAGAUCCAGGAGAUGUUCGCCAUCUUGGCCCAACAGCAGCUGCGUCAGGUCGAAGCGGAAAUCAGAAGACUUAAAAGUGGCGCCCAACAGUCGCCAAUUCCUCAGAUUCCUCUGGAAUCGCUAAUCAAAUCGGAACCUCAGCCGGACGAAGGACAACCCAGCCGACAAACCUCACCUACCUCGGAUCAGCAAAUGGCCUCGCUGCGUAGAUCUCGAGCGGAAUAUAUGCGCAAAUGGCGCGCCAAGCGAUCCCAAUCUCAACAGCAGCAGAACCAGCAAAAUCAACAAACGUCGGCCCUGCUCGGGUUGGUUGGACGUCCUCCAAGUGUUGUAUCGGCAGCAGCUACAGGCGAACCGGAAAAGCUGGCCAUUCAGCGGCACAACCGUGCCGAGUACAUGCGCCGCUGGCGACGCGAACGCCUCAAGCAGGAACUCAGCCCGGAGGAGUUCGAAGACUGGUGCUCCAAGAGCGAGCAGCGUCGUCGCUUCCGGGAGUGGCAAACGGUGCGGGAGAGUGCUUCCUCCGCUGGAGAUGAAACGAUGGACUACGCCGAGCUGGAAUCGGGGAUUCGUAGUUGACCGAUGAGUGUUCGAUGCUGAUUGGUAGGUCUACAGUAGAUGUCCCGUAUGUAUCAACGCCCCUCACAAUUCUUCGAAAAGUAAAGUUUGAUAAAGUGAACGAAACGUUCAGCAAUCUAAAUGGUGGAAGGAACUCUCUCUCUCUCCCCUCUGAUUAUAUUUUACUGGCCAAGACGCGCACAGAAAAGCACACAUUACACAGUAUUUCGUUUUAGUAUUAUGUAUUCUCUACGAGUUCUCGCAAAGCUGAUCUUGAACAUACAAAAUGUAUACCUAUAUACUUAUCAUAUACAGGACUUUUUUUACCAUACACUGUGACUGUAGUAAGCAUAAUGUACGUUAAAUAUACGUAAAAGAAACUUGAGAUUAGGUUUGGUUCGAUGACAUUAUUCACACGCCAUUUUUCCAUUACACAAGAAACACUCUCUACUAAGGCAGUAUUUGCAAUGAUUUAUAAGGAUAGUGACAAGGAUUUACAUGAUAUACUCAGUUCAGGAGCGGAUGAAUGGAUAUGCAAAAUCUUAGAUUGUAGGAAACAACCAGU